AUGGCUUCUCGUCUUCAACAAGUUACUAGUCACUUACUUCCAUCCGAUAACGUUGCCAACAAGGUUGGUGUUAAGUCUCCUGAAGAUGUUGUUAUUGUCAGUGCUCUUCGUUCUGCAAUCACCCGUGCUCGUAAGGGACCUUUCAAGGAUACUUUGCCCGAAGAAAUCUUGGCUUCCGUCUUCAAGGGCAUCAUCGACCAAACCAAGAUCGACCCUGCUAUUGUCAACGAUAUUGCUGUUGGUAACGUCUUGCCUCCUGGUGGUGGAGCCACUAAUGCUCGUAUGGCCGCUCUUUAUGCUGGUUUCCCCGAAAGCGCCGCUGUGAACACGGUCAACCGUCAAUGUUCCUCUGGUCUUCAAGCCGUCGUUCAAAUCGCUACUGCUAUUCAAGCUGGCUUGAUUGAAGUAGGUAUCGGUGCUGGUGUUGAAUCCAUGACCAAGAACUACGGUCCUGCUUCUCUUUCUCCUACUUCUGAAAAGAUUGCUGAUGCAUGCCCUGCUGCUGCUGACUGUCUUCUUCCUAUGGGUAUCACUUCUGAAAACGUUGCUGCCGAAUUCAAUGUCACACGUGCCAAGCAAGAUGCAUUUGCUGCUGAAUCUCACCGCAAGGCCACCGAGGCUCAAAAGAACGGCUGGUUCAAGGAAGAAAUUGUUCCUAUUGAAGCCACUGUACUUGACAAGGAAGAAAAGGAACACAAGGUGAUUGUCGAUCGUGAUGAUGGUGUUCGUCCUGGCACAACCGCUGAGAAGCUUGCCAAGUUAAGACCUGCCUUUGACGAAAACGGAAGCACAACUGCCGGUAACGCCUCUCAAGUCUCUGACGGUGCUGCUGCCGUUCUCUUGAUGAAGCGUAAGACUGCUGAAAAGUACGGCUUGCCUAUUCUCGGUAAAUAUAUCACAUCCGCUGUCGUCGGUGUUCCUCCCAGAGUCAUGGGUAUCGGUCCUGCCUUCGCCAUCCCUGUUGCUGUCGAACGCGCUGGAUUGAAGCUUGAAGAUGUUGAUGUCUAUGAAAUCAAUGAAGCCUUUGCUUCUCAAGCUGUCUAUUCCAUCGAAAAAUUGGGCAUUCCUUUCGAAAAGGUCAACCCCAAGGGUGGUGCUAUUGCCUUUGGUCAUCCUUUGGGUGCUACCGGUGCUCGUCAAAUCGCUACUCUUUUCCCUGAAUUAAAGCGUCAAAACAAAAAGAUCGGUGUCACUUCCAUGUGUAUCGGUACUGGUAUGGGUAUGGCUGCUGUCUUUGAACGCGAGUAA